GCGGCGGACUAUGAGGCGCCCACCAUGGUGCGAUGCGACCGCGGGCUGCAGAUGCUGCUGACCACGGCCGGAGCCUUCGCCGCCUUCUCGCUCAUGGCCAUCGCCAUCGGCACCGACUACUGGCUCUACUCCAGCGCGCACAUCUGCAACGGCACCAACCUGACCAUGGACGACGGGCCCCCGCCCCGCCGCGCCCGCGGCGACCUCACCCACUCGGGGCUGUGGCGGGUGUGCUGCAUCGAAGGGAUCUAUAAAGGGCACUGCUUCCGGAUCAAUCACUUCCCGGAGGACAAUGAUUACGACCACGACAGCUCCGAGUAUCUCCUUCGCGUCGUCCGCGCCUCCAGCGUCUUCCCCAUCCUCAGCACCAUCCUGCUGCUGCUUGGCGGGCUUUGCAUCGCGGCCGGGAGGUUCUACAGCCGCAAGAACAACAUCGUGCUCAGCGCGGGCAUCCUUUUUGUGGCUGCAGGCCUCAGCAACAUCAUCGGCAUCAUCGUCUACAUCUCCAGCAACACGGGCGACCCCAGCGAGAAGCGUGACGAGGACAAGAAGAACCACUACAACUACGGCUGGUCCUUUUACUUCGGAGCACUGUCUUUCAUCGUGGCCGAGACGGUGGGCGUCCUGGCUGUGAACAUUUACAUUGAGAGAAACAAAGAGCUGAGGUUUAAGACCAAGAGGGAGUUCCUCAAGGCGCCCUCGUCGUCCCCCUACGCCAGGAUGCCCAGCUACCGGUACCGGCGACGGCGCUCGCGGUCCAGCUCCAGGUCCACCGAGGCCUCGCCCUCCAGGGACGCGUCCCCCGUGGGCCUGAAGCUCACCGGGGCCAUCCCCAUGGGCGAGCUGUCCAUGUACACGCUGUCCAGGGAGCCCCUCAAGGUGACCACCGCCAGCUACAGCCCCGACCAGGAGGCCAGCUUCCUGCAGGUGCACGACUUCUUCCAGCAGGACCUGAAGGGAGGCCUGCACCUUAGCAUGCUGAACCCGCGGACGACCCCCGUGUGAGCCCCCCUUCUCGGCGCCGGCCUCUCCCCCACGCCCGUCGGACCCCACGCCGGGGCAGCCGAACCUUGGGACGGGCCAGCGGUGGGGCCGAGGCCAAACGCACCUCCCUGGGCUCCGCCACGUCCCGGCUGCCUUGGAGCGAGCGGAAGGAUGACUUUACCCCCACGGGGUGUUUCGAAGCCCCUGGGGUCCCUGAUCUCCCAGGAGGCCAGAGGCGCCCCUGAGCUGCACGGCCGCCUCAACCCCGGAAAACAAAAGUGAGCCAUUAUCUCCUCUGGAAGCCAACCUUGCCAGAUGGCUGGCUCUCGGCCCCCCCUCCCUGCUGGCGCUGCGCCCCCGAGGGCUCCCCGGGCACACCGGGGCCUGUGGACACCGCCCAGCUGAUUUUUCACCUGAGGUUCCCGCGUCUGUGAGCCUGCGGCGAGGAGACCGCGCCUCCUGUCUCUCCCUGCUGUGGCCUGCUGCCCACAUAACUGAUCCCCAGGAGAAAGCCCUGCGGCCAGCUGGUGCUUCAUGCUGUCCUAGGGCCGACCUCCCUGGACCCUCCACUGAGGCCCGUGGAGAACUCACAGAGGAGGAGGGCCCCAGGCCCUGGGCGUGAGGGAAAGGCCAGAGUCUGUUGCUGUUCCUGCCGGCUUCUGGAAGCUUCUGCCUCACACUCUAACCUACGGCAAGGACAUGCUGACUGCGUUUGAGAGUCAGGAAUGUUGCAUGGGUCAGAGGGGAGGUGGCCACAGGGACCCUCUUGCUGUGUCCCUCCCCCUGCCCCUCUGUUUCUCCUGUGGCCACAGGAGCCGAAACUUCUGUGCAAGGCAGGGAGCCCCCAGAGUGAACAGGAAAAACAAAACAAAACAAAACAAAAACAGAACAAACACCCAUUUCUUGGUGGUUAUUAAUCACGAUUUAUUGCAAAUAGAUGCCAGGAGAGCAAGUGACAUUCAUUUCCUCAUCUUAAAAGUAGCAGCCACCCUCUCGCCGGCUCCUAUUGUCGUAAUUUAUUCGCCAGCCACCGCCUGAAAGGGCUCAGCGGAGGAAGUUCGGAUCAAGAGCAGAGAUGAGCUUUCCUGCCGCCCGGCGAGAGCCAAGUCUCAGCUCUUGGGAACCAAGGAGGUGGGUUCCGGGCCUGGCGUUUUCCCAGCGGCUUCCACCCCUCCCCAAAGCAAGCAGAGGAAGCAGAAGCAGGUCCAGGUUCUGAAGACGGAGGACCCCUCUUUUAUAUAAAACACGUGCUUUCUAACGAGAACUCAUUUCUUACUUUUUGAGACGUCGUAAUCCACUCUUGAACCAUCCGUCGUCUGUGACCCCGGUAGCUGUUGACCUGGGAAGUGACCGGCCAGUUCUUACCUCAGCCACCUGGUCACCGAGGCCCAGGGCGGACUCGAGCCCCAGGAGCUCAGGUCCAGGUCGGGGGCAUCGCCACCCGGCCCCCUGCGGGAGGGGUGUCGGCCUGCAAGGCCUCCGACAGACGGCCCGUGGAGCGGUGAGCUGCAUGGGCGGCGUGUGGGCCCUUGUCUGCUUGCUCGAUGCCCGUCCUCCGGCGAGGUGGGCUCUGUGUGGUGGUUUGUCCAGCAUGUACAGCAGUGAAUGCUGAAGUGUCAGGGCUCGAGGCCUGCCUGCUGUGGGCCCACCCGUCCUUUCCCGCCCCCCUCCCUUCCACCCUCACCCCCUGCCCCCCACAACACCGUCUUGCCAGGCUAAAGGGGGUCUGCGGACCCAGCAAGGCCCUGAGACUCUUGUUACUUCCAAAAGCAGAGCAGGCUGGCUGUCUCUCCCUCAUGCAUAAGCCACCGCCCUGCCCACGGCCCCAGAAGUUUCCCUCAGUCGUGGAGAAGGCUGAGUCCCACUGAAUUCUACCUCCUGCCCAGCCCCAGGCGGAGCACACGGGGCCCACUCUAGGGACCAGGAACAAGUACAGGGAGGUGACAGAGGACGGAAGAGCCGGGAGCAGACCCACCUCAGACCCCUGGCCUUUCCCGCGGGGAGCUCACACCUUCCCCCUGGCCACGUCCCAGCUGGGCGGGGCGCCUGUCUGGAAGGGAGCAUUGCGUCCCUCUACCUGAUGAGGCCUUGUGCCCAAGGGGGGUGUGGUGGCCUGUACCCACCUUCUCGCCCUCCUCCCAGCCCCCCCCCUCUCCCACCAGCCCCUGUGUGUCUCACCAGUUAAGCACCUGUGAAUUCUGUAUCUACUACUGGUUUUGGGUUGUUAGUUCUGUCUGUUUUUUUAAU